AUGGUUGCGGAUCCAUUCACGAUCGUAUCGCUCGUCGCGGGUGCCGCAAAGGCUGGUGUAAAGCUCAAUGAGCUCCGACUAAACUAUAUCGGCGCCAACCAAACACUUUCGUCUAUGAUCAACGAGUGCAAUGUCCUAUCCGUGGCUUUAAACCACGUCAAGUCCUUAGGUACGGAUGACAGGCGAUCCAGAAUAGUACAAGGGUCGGCGCUUCAGAAGGGUCUCGAGUGCGCGCUUCAAGGCUGCGCUGUGACCCUCGAAGCCGUUACAGCAGAGAUAGAGAAGCUGGAUUCCAACAUCUCCGGUCCGAUAAACGGUGCAGUGACCGCCAAUAUGUCCAAGGCCGAAAGAGUUCGGUUUCUCUGGAACGAAGGAGAGAUGAACAACUAUCUUGGGCAGCUCAGGGGUCAACACCAAGCACUUCAAUUACUCUUGCACGCAUUUACUCUUGAUUCCAUGGAGGAGAUCCACACUCUCCUAAAGCAGAACCGAAAACGAAUGAUGAAGAUCAACUCAGACGCCAUGACUGUUCGUGCCAACCUGGCACGUUCCAACACCCGGGCCUCAACUCGCCGGAUAGAACCUACCAAUUGCUAUACGAGGAGCAUCUUUGGAGACGACGAUCGCUCAUUUGUUUCGAACCACAACUUUGAGGACGAGAUUCUUCAAUCGGACGUAUAUCGACGCUACCUCGAAGAAGAUGCGGCGGCUCAUUCCAGCAGACGGCCUCGUGCCCGGACGCCCUCCAGAGCUGCACCUAUACAACCACAGCUCGUACAAAUCGCCGACGGCGUGUAUCAAGUUCCUGUUCAAUUGGCGCCAUUUGGGACCCAAGGGCUCCAGUUGCAAGCUAUGCAGUCAAUGCAAUCCCUGCAUUCCACGUUACAGCCCCUGCAACCGAUGCAACCACUUCAACCUAUCCCUACUGGAACAUCCGCGACGCCACAACCUCCAUCAGCUCUCAUCUCCAACCUCAUCAUCCCAGAGCAUGAAAUUCUGCGCAUGGCUGCUACGAGCGGAAUAACCCGUGGCGAAGUCAUGGCGCUGCUCAAAAUGCUGGAGGAGCUUGGCGGACCGGAGAACUAUCCUGUUGCAUACUCAGCCAUCGUCCGCAACGGGAAUGAUAUCUCCGUUGUCGCUGAUCAGCUCCGCAAACUCCGAGCAUUGGGCUCGGAAGAGCAAUACAAAACGGCUCUUGUAGUCCUAGCAGAACUCGGCUACAACAUCACACAAACAAUAGAAAAGCUCACUGCUCUUCAUGACGUUGCAUCAGAGGAGAACUACGACCAUAUCCUCGCUCUUCUCAAAGCCAAUCGAUACGACAUGGCCAAGACGGAGCAACUGGUCAAAGAUAUCAAGGAGAUCUGUAGCGUGCCACAAGACUUCUCGCGCUCGAUGAAAUACUUCGAGAAGCAGGGAUACAGCGAAUCUGCCCUUAUUGACCUCAAGGCGUACAAAGACCUGGGUGUCGGUGAGCGCGACUACACGAGGCUUCUAUCUGUGUUGGAGCGUCACGAUUACAGCAUCCAAAUGGCAAAGUCACAACUCAGCCAGCUCAAAGGCUACAAAGCAAACACUCUCAGCAUCAACAUUCCGGGUCUCCAAAUCGCACAGCCGGACCCAGAGGCCGUAUCCCUCCAGUUUUCGGUCUCACUUCAACUGCUUGAAGUGAAUGAAUACAACUAUCAACAAACAGUCACGGAGAUUCAAUUCCUCUGCGACGUAGCAGAGUCGACCGUCAACCAAGGUAUUCUCCUGAAGACACUCCGCCGAUCCAUGUGCGACUUUCAGAAGACAAUAAGGGGUAUUCAACUCCUACGGACUAUCUUCCAAGACAUUCGCGCUGUCCUAGUGACGCUCAUCUCGAACCAAUUCAGCAUAGAUGACAUCUUCAUCGCCCUGGCGGAGAUGACGACGAUGGUCAAGGAAGACUAUUACUACCUGAUACCAGGUCUCGUUGUUGGCUGUGACUUCAGCUUCGUCACCGCGGCCGACCAACUCAAGUGGCUAAAGAGCAUUCACCCUCUUGACACCGAUUUUGAGUUCCUUGUCGAGAUUUUCGUCGCCAAAGGGUCGAGCAGAGAUAGGAUGUGGCAGUUGCUGGGCUCAACGGUUCGAGAGCGUGCGGGAGCCUUUGCACUGCUCAAGUCUCAAGUGCGUGACCAACAAGAGGAGGGAAUACGAGAGCUGCUUGAAGCUAUGGGCAACGCCAUGGGCACGGACGUCAGUCCUGCGGACUGGGUCAUUGCAGAUCUUUUCCUGAAGAACCGUUCGUACGACCUGCGCACGACUACGCAGCGAAUAGCCGCGCUCAAAGCGAGCGUGGUAGGUCCCAAAGCGUUCGGGAUCGUCCUCCAGGUCCUUGCCAAAUAUGGCUUCAACUCAGAACGCACAGAGAGAGCGUGUAAGAGAUAUUCUGAGCUCUUUGGACGCGCACCGUGGCAGGCACCUGCUUUCUACGAGUACGCCUGGUCAUUGGUGGAAAAGUUGGACUUUGACGUCGAGGCUGUGCUCGAUGGUGCGCAGAGGAUCAAAGAUAUCAUCGCGAGCGUGGAUCGCGAGUUGGGAGACAGGAGCAGGGUCAACAAGACGUUCCGCGCAGCGCUGCAGGCAUUAGAGAGCAAAGAAUAUGACUUCACCGCUGUGAUUAGCGGCUUAGAGAUGCUUCGUAGCACACACGGACACGAGCCAGACUUCUUCCACUACACAAUUCUGGCACUUCGUGCAUUGGGAUGCGAUUUUGACGCGGCGGUCAGUGGAAUGGAGGAGUUGGUACGGCAAGGCAAUACGCCAAAGGAGGCUCAGGAGAAGUGGUCAUCAAGAGAAUGGGACCUAAGCCGAGCGAUGCAAAACCUAAAUCUUGUGCCUUCUCCCUGA